UGUGUGCGUGUGCAUUUAAAUGUGUACAUAAAUGUAUAUAUAGAUGUGUGUGUAUGAGUAUGUGUGUAGGUAUAAUUGUAAGUGUAUGUGUGUGUAAACGUGUGUGUGUGUGUGUAUGUAGGUGUUUUGGUGUGUAUAUGAGGGGGGUAUGUGUAUUGUGUAGGUAUGUGUGUGUAGGUGUGUGUGAGUAUGUGUAUGGAUAUGUGUAUAUGUGAGUGUGUAGGAGUGUAUGUCUGUAUCUUUGUGAUUAUACAUGUGUGUGUGAGUGUAUGUGUGUGUGUGUACAUGUGUGCAUGUGUAUGUAUGCGUGAACAUGUGUUAAUAAAUGUAUGUGUAUGUGUACCUGAGUGUGUAUAUGUUUUUGCGUAUAGGUAUAUGUGUAUGUUUGUGAGUACACAUGUAUGUAUGUUGUGUGUGUGUGUGUAUGACACAGUGAAACAGUCUGCUUUUACCAUAUUUAAAUAGAGCAGAACUUGAGGCUGUUGUAAGUGAAAGAUUAAACUUCGGUAAUGGAAUCACCUGCAGAGUUUUAUUCCAAGAACUUUUACUCCAGCUUUCAGUUACAAAAAUAUUUACCUAAUGACAUUUACAUACGGUUAAUGCUUCAAGACAUUCUUUGUAGCACUCGUUGACUGAAGACCAUUUCAACAUCUCCUUCUUCUCUCAGCACAAGAAUAUUGUUCCUUGCUUUGAAAAAUAUUUUUGAAACCCAAGUGUUUGGAUAGAAUUUGGUCUGUAACAACAUGAACCAGUGAGUUUAAAUGACACAUCUAGUGUCACAAAUGAGAUGGAGAGUUUGACAUCUACCAAUAAAGACGGCGUAAACAAAACAAAGACUCAACCCAAAAACCAAUACAGUAAUGGCAAGUUAUCUGCAAAAGGUUACACGUUGGAUCAAGUCUUAGAUUCAAUACGUGAACUUGUACAUGAACUUGAGAAAUUAGAGGACUAUCACCACGGAGAAGCAAUGAAGCUUCAAAAGAAAAUUGGAGAUGCUUAUUGGGAUUAUUAUAACUGGCGCAAAGAAAUCGGUGACCUACUGAGUUCCGAGGGCUAUGCAGUUGUUUCUAUGAAGAUGCUCAAAGUCUUAAAUACAAUCGGAAUCUUUAAAAACGAUGAAAUCUGGUUCCCAACUUAUUAUGCUUACAACACAAUGUGGAAUUUCUCUGAUGCCAGCGCACAGUUAGCUCUGAGUCUUGCUGAGUCAGAUGCGGUGAGGUUGUUAACCUGUAACUGUGGUCACAAACCAUACUUAAACGCCAUCCAUAGCAAGAAUGUUCAUUACAUCAUCAAAGCUUCACUCAGCAUCCUUCAUAACAUUGCCAGGAAUCCAUCCAUUAAACAUUAUUUCAAAGAACAGAAGACUUCAGAGGUGAUUCAGACAUUUAUUUCUUCGAAAGAUGAAAUGUUUAAGGUCCUCUCCAUGAUGACUAUGGCAUACAUUGUUGAAGAGGAAGACAACCAGACAUUAAUUGAGGAAACGGGGAGCAUUUUGUGUAUGCUUCAAUGGCUUGAUAAAGCUCUCGACUGCAAUAAAAGACGAUACAAAGGUUUCACCCCAUACGAGAUUGUGCAAGGCCUGGAAAAGUUGGCUGUCACAGAUUCUAACAAAUUAAAGAUUGUUGAUGGUGGAAUAUUAUCGAUGCUAAGUCGUAUGUUACAAUUUGAUGACGUCCGCGAGCAAUGCUCAGCUGCAAGGAUUCUGUGGACGUUAAUGUUUGAUGAAAAUGUGCGCGAAAGGUUAAUAAAUGAUGAACAAGCGUUGGUAACUCUACUGGAAUCUCUCAAAGACAACAAAGACAAACUAGUCAGUGCAAAUGUUAAAGGGGUGUUGUGGUUAUUAAAUGGAGCAACACAAGUAACGGAGGUUGACAAGGAGACGGUCCGUGCAAGAGCAAAGACACAUGUUUUUAUCAGUUACUCAGUGGUAGACAAAGAAAGUGUAUGGAGAAUCCGAGACAGGUUAAAGGAAGAAGGUUACCAGUUAUGGAUAGAUGUUGACUGUAUGGGGCCUUCGAAUUUACAAGCCAUGGCUAGUGGUAUAGAAAACGCUGCUGUUGUCUUAAUUUGCAUGUCUGAGAAAUACAAACAAAGCCCUAGCUGUCGUACAGAAGCUGAAUACACAUUUCGAUUACGUAAAGACUACAUUCCAAUGAUGAUGCAGAAAAAAUACAAUCCAGAUGGUUGGCUUGGUACCAUGCUUGGAGCAAAAUUGUUCUUUGAUUUUAGUGGGAAGUACCCUUUUGAGAAGAGUUUUGGUGGACUUAUAAAAGAACUUCGUGGACGUGGACAAUAUUCACCUGGUGAUGCUCAAGUUGAUGGUGCUGAGGACCAAACUAACAAAGCCGGAACUUCAACAGAGAAUUCAGGAAACGAACAGCAAUCACCUUCUAAGAAAAUCUCCAUCGAUCAUCUUGUCAAUGACAUUGGUGCUUUGUCUCCAAUAGUGGAAAUGACAAAUGACGAAAUUGCAUCUUGGCUUCAUUAUCACAAAUUGGCUGAAUACAGUGAGGCUUUUUCUCAGUUUGAUGGCAAAAUGUUAUUUCAGCUGAGUGAGAUGAAAAAAGAGGCUCCUGAAUAUUUUUAUCAAUGCAUGGAGAAGAAAAUGAACAUGUCUUUGGUGGAUACUCUUCGAUUUACGGCAGCUUUGGCAUCAAUAAAGAAAUAGAAAUAUCCACAAAAGUUCUUACCAUUUUCAUCGUUUCCACACAGUCAUUGAAGAGACAAGCAGUGCUGUGACCAAACAGCUCGCCUCAACUAACUGCCUCGAGGAAGUGACUUCACAGCAUUGGAGAAAAUAACGAACCAUGACCUCAAAAGGUGUCCAGAAAAAUAAAAUUUGUUAAAAGAUAUAUUUAUUUUCAGUGAAACAGAGUUUACUAAGAGAAGUGGUCUGUAUUUAUUUGGUCAAACGGAAGAGUUUAAAGUGACAAAAUUUACAUGCGUUAUUAAUUAUCGGUUUGUAUAAUUCAUUGGUAUUAUUGAAGACUUAAGAUUGAAGACUAAGUGCUGUUUGUAUACAUAUCAAUGAAUAUACAUUCACGUGUAUUUGCAGAGAUGUGUUCAAAUAUAUACUAAUAAUUCAUAUAUGUAACACACAAAAUAUAUAUUUAUUUACGUAAAUGCAUGGAAAAUUUGGGGAAAACUAUGUUGAAAAAAAUAACAAUAUGCAAAAAGAAAAUAACAACAUAUAUUUAUUUCUAUUUAUUUCAGUUUAAUUACGGCUAAAUUUUAAAAUUUACAUUUAAAUUUUAGUCUGGAAAACUCAAUGAUCAGUUUAAAAAUUCUAAAAAAAAAUUAAUUAAAUAAAAAUAAAAUCACAAAACAUUGAUCUGAUUGGAAGUAUCUUUGGUUACUUGUUCAAUGGACAAAUAAUUUUAUUAGAAAAACUUUAAAGACUGAAUUUUUGCAAAUUUUUCUAAGGAAAAAGUAAGAAACAAUUUCAUUAUUGUUUAAGUAUUCAUGAAAAUGGAUGGCAUUUCUGGAGUUAUUUGUUAAUUAUUUUUUUACCAUUCAACUGUUAAUUUGUAAAUUGAAACUGUAAGUUUAAUUUCACUGAAAAGUCUCAGAGUAUUAUCUAAACGGUCAGGUUUUGAUUAACCUAAACAGAAUAAUUAUAGGAAAUAUUAAAAAAUAUUUAAAUUUAAUGAAGGAUGAUGGGUAUUUACUACAAAGAUAGAUAAACAAAUAAAUAAAACCUCUAAAUUAUGUAGUCAUCUUCAUCAAAAGUGUAAUUUGGGUUUUUCCUUUGAGAAGAUGUGUUGGCCAUAUUUUACUAUAAACGUUGAUUGGUCCAAAGAUUUUCCUGUUUGUGUUACAUAAAGAAUAUAUUGUUGGAUAAUUGAAUGGUGAAUUGUUCUGUUUUUAUAACCUAUUAAAAUAAUAAACUUUGGAAUCCAUUAAUGGAUUAUUUAUAGAAACAAA